AACGACGUCUCGGAAGUUCUCUCCUCCCCUCCCCACCAUCCCUUUUCAGGCACCUCAUCAGCCACCCCCUCCUCCCCCCUCCCUUCCCCUCCUCCCCCCUCCCUUCCCCUCCUCCCCCCUCCCUUCCCCUCCUCCCCUCUUCGUGCCACCUCCUUUUUUUGAGUCCUCCCACCACCCCUUCCCCCCCUACCACCCAUUCCCUCUUUUCACCCCUUCUCCCCCCCCCCCCCCCACCCCUUCCCCCUGA